GAAGGGGGCAGUCUUUGGGGAGCCGGGCAGAGGACCUCUCCCCACCGACAAUGUUGCAGGCCAGCAGGAAGGCAGGGACCCGGGGCAAGGCCGCGGCCACCAAGCAGGCCCAGCGAGGCUCUUCCAAUGUGUUCUCCAUGUUCGAGCAAGCCCAGAUCCAGGAGUUCAAGGAAGCCUUCAGCUGCAUCGACCAAAACCGGGAUGGCAUUAUCUGCAAGUCAGACCUUCGGGAGACCUACUCCCAGCUCGGGAAGGUGAGCGUCCCAGAAGAGGAGCUGGAUGCCAUGCUGCAGGAGGGAAAGGGCCCCAUCAACUUCACCGUCUUCCUCACGCUCUUUGGGGAGAAGCUGAACGGGACAGACCCGGAGGAAGCCAUCCUGAGCGCCUUCCGCAUGUUCGACCCCAGCGGCAAGGGGGUGGUGAACAAGGAUGAGUUCAAGCAGCUUCUCCUGACCCAGGCAGACAAGUUCUCUCUGGCUGAGGUGGAGCAGAUGUUCGCCCUGACGCCCAUGGACCUGGCAGGGGACAUCGACUACAAGUCUCUGUGCUACAUCAUCACCCACGGGGACGAGAAGGAGGAGUGA